UUACAACCUCGUGUUUAUUUCUUGAAUGAACAGACGUAAGGGGGUGCCACAAACGUAGAAACAUCGUAGUAUAGUUCUUUAUGAGAAUUUGAGGUGAUUGAGAUUCAGGAAGUUUUCUACGUGAAGAGAAUGAUACAUAUAUUGUAAGGCUGAUAAGCUGUUGAAACAUUCGUGAGCGAUAGAGUGCGAUUUGUUGAUUAAUUUCAGUAUUUUCGAGCAGUGGUACAGUCAAGAAUCAAACGUGGCGAAGUUAGAAGGAAAGCUGUUUUCUGCAGUUAACAAUUUUUUUUCUUCGUCGAUAGUGAAUCAAAUCAGAGAUUUGAUGACAAGACAAAACGACCACCAAGACGGUGUUCAAGGCACAAUCAUCAGAGUCUCACCGGAUGACGAUCCUAUAAGUCCUGCUGAAGGGAUAGACAUCUUGCAGUCUAAUCAGCAAAUACUUGCAAGGAGGAACACUAGAGAAUACGUUGUCUGUGAAAAUAGAAAAAUUAUGUUGAAGCAUCCCGGAAUCACGAAAAAUCAAAUGAAAGAAUUCCGUGAAGCUUUCCGUCUUUUCGAUAAGGAUGGUGACGGUUGCAUAACGAAAGAAGAACUAGGAAGGGUGAUGAGAUCUCUAGGUCAAUUCGCUAGGACUGAAGAAUUGCAACAGAUGCUACAGGAAGUUGAUGUUGACGGUGAUGGAAAUGUGAGCUUUGAAGAGUUUGUUGAUAUUGCUUGGACAGCAGCAGGAUCUAUACCUGAGGAAGAAGAAGAGGAAAAAGAACUUCGUGAUGCCUUUAGAGUUUUCGAUAAGCACAAUAGAGGGUAUAUCACUGCAUCAGAUUUGAGAGCUGUUCUUCAGUGUUUAGGAGAAGAUUUAUCAGAAGAAGAAAUUGAAGACAUGAUCAAAGAAGUCGAUGUUGAUGGAGAUGGACGAAUAGAUUUCUAUGAAUUCGUUAAUGCCCUAGGAGAACCUGGCAAUGAAGAUAGCGUUGAUGAAGAAGAUGAAGAAACUAUUGGCGUAUAACUGUCGCUCAAGAAUGGAGUCACUUAUGGUCCUUUUAUCACUUACAAAUAUCAGUGUUCUACGCACAGUUACUUUUAUUGAUAUCGUUCUCAUUGUUAUUAUUGGAAUUGAAAAAUGAAUUUAAUUGAAUAUAUAAAGCUGCUAUAUAUAAUAUAUACAAUAUACAUUAAAUGUGUUAAUUAUAA